CUAGGUUCUGCUCACCCGGGCCAAGCAUGGGACCCCCCCAACUCCUCCAUCCCCAGCACCCAGGCCUCUGUGGGCCCUGAGGACUUACUUCGGUGGACCUUGAGGACGGUGUACACCAUGCCGGUAGAGAGAUCUUUUAUCAACUGGUCCACUCUGCAGAUGCCCACACAGCUGGAGCUGAGACAAGUGAAAGCCAGGAGCCCAGAGCUCAAUCCAGCUCUCUGCUAUGGCCUGGGAAAGCAGUAGAAGAUGGGGCAGAUCCUUGAGCCCCAGCACCUGCAUGGGAGACCUGGAAGAAGUUCCUGAUUCGUGGCUUCGGAUCGGCACAGCCCCACCAUUGCAACCAUUUGAACACUCUGCUGGGCAGCCUUGUGGUCUUCGCCAGCCUCUUGAUGUUGUGCAACACGCAGUGCUAUGUCGAACUCUACGACAAGAACCCGGAGGAUCCCCCUGAUGAAUGCAGGGACCUCGAUGGAGUCACACACAAGCUGAACGUGCCGUGGAUGACCGAGAACUGUUACAGAUGUAGUUGUGACGAGACUGGGAUUCAUUGCUGCAACACUGCUGCCAUCCCCGGAGGUUUUGAUACCACAAAGUGCAAGAAGAUCUUCCACAAGGACACUUGCAGCUACUCCGUGGUGGAGCUGGAGAACCCGGACAAGGAAUGUCCAGUCAGCUCGUGGAUCCUGUGAAGAGCUAGCGGGCCCAGGUCCUCCCGCGGGCCCGGACAGCCCGAUGUACAGCCCUGCUUAUCAGUAAAGCAUGUGUGGAGCAAU